UUUAUAUAGAACAAGAGUCACCAUACCAGUCCCAGGUCGACGUGGCCAUAACAAACUCCUGUCAGCUGAGGUGAAGGGAAACAAGAGGCUUUAAUCAUGAUAGGUUCCUUCAAGCAGAUGAAAAAAGAUGAAGAGGAUGGGGGUGGGAACCCAUACCACAGCAUGGACAAAACUUCAGUGCUACAAGAAGCUCGGGUUUUCAAUGAGACUCCAGUUAAUGUGAAGCGUAGCACUCAUGUCCUCACUAAGAUCCUUUAUCUCCUUAACCAAGGAGAAUCCCUUGCUACCAAAGAAGCAACUGAUGCCUUUUUUGCCAUGACCAAAUUGUUCCAGAGCAAUGACUUGGUUCUCCGACUUUGUUACCUUGGGAUUAAGGAAUUGUGCGCUGUAGCUGAAGACACAAUCAUUGUAACAUCCUCCCUGACCAAAGAUAUGACUGGGAGAGAGGAUCAGUACCGGGCUCCAGCGAUCAGGGCGUUGUGUAGGAUUACAGAUGUAUGCCACCAUGAUGCCAUUGAACGGUACAUGAAGCAAGCUAUUGUUGAUCGUGCACCCGGUGUUAGCAGCGCUGCUCUGGUAUCUUGCCGGCACAUCAUGAAGGAUUCACCAGAUGUUGUCAAGCGCUGGGUCUCAGAGGUGCAGGAAGCAUUGAGUUCUGACUGUGUGAUGGUUCAAUUUCAUGCUUUGGGAGUGCUGCACCAGAUUCGUAAAUCAGACAAACUUGCUGUUACCAAGAUGGUGAGCAAGUUGACUUCAUCGAGCCUUCGUUCUCCAUAUGCCAUCUGUUUAUUGAUUCGCAUUGUCGCACGCCUCAUUGAGGAAGAUGAAGCUGGAGCUGAUUCACGCUUGUUUGACUUCUUAGAAUCAAUGCUGCGGCACAAAGCAGAGAUGGUGAUCUACGAGGCAGCCAAUGCCAUUGUCACACUCAGGAAGUCUUCAGCACGAGACUUAGCCCCAGCCAUUUCUGUGCUGCAGCUUUUCUUGUCCAGUCCAAAGCCCACUCUUAGGUUUGCAGCUGUUCGAACCCUGAGUAAAGUUGCAAUGACACAGCCUAAUGCAGUGACAGCUUGCAAUUUGGACCUUGAAAACUUGAUCCAAGAUGUAAAUCGAUCCAUUGCUACUUUGGCCAUCACCACUCUGCUGAAGACUGGCUCAGAGGGAUCUGUAGACCGCCUUAUGAAGUCCAUCUCCUCAUUCCUUAAUGACAUCUCUGAUGAAUUCAAGAUUGUCGUUGUUGAGGCCUUACGAGCACUAGCACUGAAGUAUCCCAGGAAACAAGCAGUGCUGAUGGGUCAGCUUGCAGACAUGCUGCGUAGUGAGGGAGGUCUGCCUUAUAAGGAAGCCAUCGCAAGCACCAUCAUCACCAUCAUUGAAGAUAAUCCUGAAGCUAAGGAAAAGGGUCUGGACCAUUUAUGUGAAUUCAUCGAGGAUUGUGAACACACAACAUUGGCAGUGCGCAUCAUCCACUUGCUAGGUCGAGAGGGACCUCGAACCCGGCAGCCUGCCCGCUACAUUCGUUUUGUGUACAAUCGUGUUAUCUUGGAGAAUGCAGCAGUGCGGGCAGCAGCAGUAUCUGUACUGGCUAAAUUUGGUGCUCAGUGUGAUUCCUUGUUGAAUAAUAUUUUGGUGCUUCUACAACGGUGCAUGAUGGACACUGAGGAUGAAGUGCGUGACCGAGCAACAUAUUACCAUGCUGUCUUGGCCACCCGUGACAGCUCUCUGAUAAAUCAGUACAUCCUCAACCCACCACAGUUUGCUCUGCCAAGUUUAGAGCGUGCACUGGUGCAAUACCUGCGAAAUGAUACUUCUGGACCAUUUGACACUCACACAGUACCCACAGCUCCACCUCCCCAGGAAGAGAAGACCUCAAAUAUCAUGGAACCAGCACCACGCCCAGAGGAACGCAUUAUACCCACUCAUGAAAAAUAUGCAGAAAUGUUAUCAGCCAUUCCUCAAUUUGUUCACCUUGGUCCACUCUUCAAAUCAUCUGUACCAUUGGAGCUUACUGAAGCUGAAACAGAGUACAUGGUGCGCUGUAUUAAACACACAUUCCAGAACCACAUUGUCCUACAGUUUGACUGCACCAAUACCCUUAACGACCAGUUACUGGAAAGGGUUAGUGUGGUGGUGGAGGGUGAUGGUUGGGAUGUUGAGGUAUCCUUGCCAUGCCCUUCUCUUCCCUACUCACAGCUAGGUUCCUGUUACGCCCUCCUGCCCAUUCCGGAAGAUAUAAUGGCCACAACAGGUACUCUUUCUGCAACAUUAAAGUUUAAGGUUCGUGACUGUGACCCUGUCACUGGUGAACCAGACACUGAUGAAGGUUAUGAAGAUGAUUAUACGUUGGAGGAUGUUGAAAUUACUGUAGUGGAUCAUGUUCAGCGAGCAGCACGGAGCAACUUUGCUGCUGGUUGGGAAGAGUUGGGUGCUACUAAUGAGUUGGAGGACACCUUUGCUCUGUCUGCUAUGAGCACCUUAGAAGAAGCAGUUACACAAAUUACACAAUUCUUGGGUAUGCAUCCCUGUGACCGCUCAGACCGAAUUCCUGAAGGCAAGAGUGCACACACCCUAUAUCUUGCAGGAACUUACAGAGGUGGACAUGAGGUCCUGGUGAGAGCAAAAUUGGCACUUGCAGAUGGGGUAACCAUGCAGCUGACGGUUCGGUCUGACAAUCCUGAAGUGUCUGAAGUUAUUGCAUCUGCUGUUGGUUAGAUUUUUACUAGCAAGUUGUGCUGUAACAUUACUAGAUCAUUAUUUAGAAUGGAAAUAGACAUUAGAUUAAUUUAGAGAAAGUGAAAGUUUAUUUAUGGUGUUAAUUGGAUUCUAGCCAUUUAUCCAGUAUGCCUGUACUGUAAGUUGACUUUUUUUAGAGGAUUAUGUGAAAUAUCUAAAAUUGGCUCAGUGUUUUGUUAUAUUUGGUUUAUUUUUUAAUCUUUGCCAUUGAACAAUAAAGAGAUGUCCUUUUGAA